CUCCCAUUUCAUUUUUACAAAGUUAAUUUAUCCUCAUUGGAGCCAUGAUCUACUCUAAGAGACUUCUACAGAUGGCUCACAAAUGGCAAAAGUAUGCCAUUAAACAAAGAAAGAGAAUCUCCGUUGAAAAGAGAACUCCUAAUCGGCGAGGGGGUUUGGUAGCCGAUGAUGGCCACUUUGUCGUCUAUUCAAUAGAUGGAAACCGGUUCAUGACUCCAUUGGCUUAUCUCAAGCACCCCAUCUUUCAAGAGUUGUUAUCUAUGGCGGAAGAGGAGUUCGGAUUCACAAUAUGUGGUCCUCUGCAAGUGCCAUGUGUGGCAUCUGUUAUGGACUACAUAGUCUCCCUAUUGAGCAAGAAUGUUUGUGUGGAGGUGGAGAAGGCAACGGUUUCCAUAACAUCAUGCAGAGAACCAUUGCCUUCCCUUGGAUUGCAUAGAAUCAUCCCUGCCAACAAAAUUCUUUGUGGCUUCUAAGCUCAUAACCAAGCCAUCUUUUGUUUUUUUUUUGUAUAGAUCUGUAC